AUGGAAAGAUUGAAAGAAAGCAAGACUCUUGCACCUUUGGACGAAAUUAAAAUGCCUGUAGAAGUUGUUUUGGUUGCUUAUAAAAGGUCAAAAAAUGAAGUUCGUCGUGGUCACUAUCAUUUGAAUGCAUCAAUAAAUAUAGCAAUUCUGAAAAAUGCUAUACUUGCAUAA